GGGAACAUAGAUGGCUGGAGACAGAAUCUAGAGCCUUUAAGUAAUGUGGAGAUGUUUCCAACUCCAGGUUCCACUAGGCUGAUUCCCCCCUCCCACUUCCAACCUCGGCCCCUUUCAGCUCUGCCAAGAAUGGCUCCCGCCUGGGUCUCAAACAUUCCCCUGGUCCAUCAAGAUGUCUCAGAGAGGCAGCUAGACACCCAGAGACCUCAAGUGACCACGUGGGAACGGGAUAUUUCUGGUGAUAAGCAGGAGCCAGGGCGGAGAGGCAGGUCUCUGGAGCUGGUGGGGUCACAAGCCCUGAGCCAGCAGGCUGAGCUGAUCUCUCGGCAGCUGCAGGAGCUGCGGCGGCUUGAGGAAGAGGUCCGGGUCCUGCGGGAGACCUCACUGCAGCAGAAGAUGAGGCUGGAGUCCCAGGCCAUGGAGCUGGAGGCUCUGGCACAGGCAGAGAAGGCUGGCCGAGCUGAGACCGAGGGCCUGCGUGCUGCCUUGGCUGGGGCCGAGGUCAUCCGGAAGAACCUGGAAGAGGGGAGCCAGCGAGAGCUGGAGGAGGUUCAGAGGCUGCACCAAGAGCAGCUGGCCUCCUUGACACAGGCUCACCAGGAGGCUCUUUCUAGUUUGACCAAAAAGGCUGAGGGCUUGGAGCAGUCUCUGAAUUGUCUGGAAACCAAGAGGGCAGGGGAAGCUAAGGAGCUGGCUGUGGCGCAGAGGGAGGCCGAGCUGCUGCAGAAGCAGCUGAGCAAGACCCAAGAAGACUUGAAGGCUCAGGUGACGCUGUCUGAGAAUCUGAGAAAAUACGUGGGGGAACAAGUCCCUCCCGAAGAACAGAGCCAGGCCUGGGAACUGGAGCGGCAGGAGCUUCUGGAAACUGUGCAGCGCCUGCAGGAGGAUCGGGAUGGCCUGCACAACACCGCCGAGCUGCUGCAAGUGCGCGUGCAGAGCCUCAUGCACAUCCUCACCCUGCAGGAAGAGGAGCUGACCAGGAAGGUUCAGCCUUCCAACUCUAUGGAGCCCGAGUUUGCCAAGAAGUGCCAGUCUCUGCUGAGCCGCUGGCGGGAGAAGGUGUACGCCCUUCUGGUGCAGCUCAAGGCUCAGGAGCUGGAGCACAGAGACUACGUUAAGCAGCUGAAAGGACAGGUGGCUGAGCUCCAGGAACAAGUGACAGCCCAGAGCCAGGAGCAGGCCAUCCUGCAGCGCUCCCUGCAGGACAAAGCCGCGGAGGUGGAGGUGGAGCGGAUGGGCGCUAAGGCCCUGCAGGUGGAACUGAGCCAUGCCCAGGAGGCCAAGCGCAGGCGGCAGCAGCAGACAGUCUUGGCAGAGGAGCAGCUGAAGCUUGUGGCCAAUGCUGUCAGCAGCUCUCAGAUCUGGCUCCAGACCACUGUGGCUAAGGUGGAACAGGCUGCAUCCCAGCUUCCCAGCCUCAGCAACCGACUCAGCUAUGCCGUCCGCAAGGUCCACACCAUUCGGGGCCUGAUGGCUCGAAAACUGGCCCUUGCUCAGCUGCGCCAGGAGAGCUGCCCCCUGCCCCCACCUCCACCAGUCCCAGACAUGAGCCUGGAGUUGCAGCAGCUGCGGGAAGAACGGAACCACCUGGAUGCAGAACUGCAGCUGAGUGCCCACCUCAUCCAGCAGGAGGUGGGCCGGGCCCGGGAGCAAGGGGAGGCAGAGCGGCAGCAGCUGAGCAAGGUGGCCCAGCAGCUGGAGCAGGAGCUGCAGCGCACGCAGGAGUCCCUGGCUAGUGUGGGACUGCAGCUGGAAGCGGCUCGCCAGAGCCAGCAGGAGAGCACUGAGGAGGCUGCCAGUCUCCGACGGGAGCUGAACCAGCAGCAGAAGAUCUAUGGGCAAGCUCUGCAAGAGAAAGUGGCCGAAGUAGAAACUCGGCUGCGGGAACAGCUGUUAGACUCGGAGAGGCGACUGAAUGAUGCUCGGAGGGAGCAUGCCAAGGCUGUGGUGUCCUUGCGCCAGAUCCAGCGCAAAGCCACACGGGAAAAGGAGCGGAACCAGGAACUUAGGCGCCUGCAGGAUGAGGCCCGGAAAGAGGAGGGGCAGCGGCUGACCUGGCGUGUGCAGGAACUGGAGAGGGACAAGAACCUCAUGCUGGCCACCUUGCAGCAGGAGGGUCUCCUCUCCCAUUACAAGCAGCAGCGACUGUUGGCAGUUCUCCCUUCCCUCCCGGAUAAGGAGAAAUGUGUGGAGUCCAGCCCCCGGCCUCCAGGGUCUUCAGCACCUGUGCCUCCAGCAACAGCAGUGUCCACCAGGGAGCCCAUCAAAGGGUCCCUCUCUGUCCUGCUCGAUGACCUGCAGGGCCUGAGUGAGGCCAUUUCUAAAGAGGAAGCUAUUUGUCAAGGAGACAACCAGAACUCUCCUGCUCCAGUCCGCCACUGAGCAGCUAAGCAGCUGGGGCUCGGGGGAAGCCAAUCUGGGGCCAGAGGAUUGUGGAGAAGUGGGGGCAGGGGCCAGCCUGGCCCUCUUCCCCAUCCAGUGGCCGGGCCCCAGGACACCAGCUACCAGGAAGUCCAAAUUCUCCUGCACUGAAUAAAGAUGACUACUGUAGGA